AUGGCAAUCCACGUUGAAAAAGACACACUAUACACCCUAAACAAUGGUCAAAAGAUCCCAGUCUCAGGAUUCGGAUUGUAUCAAACACCACCAGAUCAAACAUUUGAAUUGACUUACGAAGCUUUGAAAGCUGGGUAUCGUCAAAUUGAUAGUGCAAAAUUAUAUGAGAAUGAACUAGAAUCAGCUCAAGGUAUCGGAAAAUUCCUCAAGGAUUAUCCAAAUGUUCCAAGAUCUGAAAUCUUUUACACAACAAAAUUGUUCAAUGAUGCACAUGGUUAUGAAAAUGCAAAAAAGGGCAUUCAAGAAUCACUAGACCGUGUUGAAUCUCAUAUUGGAUAUAUUGAUUUAUUAUUGAUUCAUACUCCAAUUGCUGAUAAAGAAAGAAGAUUAGGAACUUGGAAAGCCUUACAAGAAGUUGUUGAAACUGGUAAAGUUAAAUCAAUUGGUGUUUCAAACUAUGGUACAAAGCAUUUAGAUGAAUUAUAUUCAUGGGAUGGAUUGAAAAUUAAACCCGUUGUUGAUCAAGUUGAAUUACAUCCUUGGUUACCAAGAAAGGACCUACAAGAAUAUGCCAAAAAGUAUGAUUUCUAUCUUCAGGCUUAUGCUCCAUUAACACAAGGCCAAAAAUUUGAAGAUCCAGAUGUCUCUGCAAUUGCCAAAAAACAUGGAUAUAGUGGACCUGAAGUCUUAUUAGCUUGGUCUUAUUAUCAAGGUUUUAUCCCAAUCGCUAAGACUGCAACUGUUAAAAGAAUUGAGCCAAACUAUACAACUUUGGAUAGAGUUAAACUAGAUGAGGAAGAUUUGGCAAAGUUGAAUAAACCAAACAGUUAUGAAGUCUUAACAUAUUGGGAUCCAACUGUUUUCAAGGAUGGUGAAGAGAAUGAAAAGAAAUGGCAAAUUUGA